AUGGCCUUCGAGACGGACGGGAGUGGCACGGCGUGGACGGAGAAUCGACGCGGUGGCCGUUGCUGGCGCGCACGAGAGACAGCAGAAGCGAAAUGGCGCGGAGUGGACGCGGAAUGGCGCGGAGUGGACGCGGAAUGGCGCGGAGUGGACGCGGAAUGGCGCGGAGUGGACGCGGAAUGGCGCGGAGUGGACGCGGAAUGGCGCGGAGUGGACGCGGAAUGGCGCGGAGUGGACGCGGAAUGGCGCGGAGUGGACGCGGAAUGGCGCGGAGUGGACGCGGAAUGGCGCGGAGUGGACGCGGAAUGGCGCGGAGUGGACGCGGAAUGGCGCGGAGUGGACGCGGAAUGGCGCGGAGUGGACGCGGAAUGGCGCGGAGUGGACGCGGAAUGGCGCGGAGUGGACGCGGAAUGGCGCGGAGUGGACGCGGAAUGGCGCGGAGUGGACGCGGAGCGUGGUACUGUUGACGCGGAGUAUGAUGGAGUGGACGCGGAGUGGUGUGGAGUGGACGCGGAGUGGUGUGGAGUGGACGCGGAGAGGUGUGGAGUGGACGCGGUGUGGUGUGGAGUGGACGCGGAGUGGUGUGGAGUGGACGCGGAGUGGUGUGGAGUGGACGCGGAGUGGUGUGGAGUGGACGCGGAGUGGUGUGGAGUGGACGUGGAACGGACGGGCCUGCCAUUGCUGCCUCACUCAAGAGACAUCCCGAAGGAGCAAGACGGCGCAGGAGUGGAAGAGCGGUAA